UCAACAUGAAGAUCCUGAUGUUUCUCGUGUUGAUGCCUCUAAUGCAUCAAAGCUUCUCACUUUCCAGUCCCCAGUGUCACUUCUAUGAUGAAACAUUGUGGAACUGCUCAAACCAAAACCUGACGAAAGUCCCUGCAGCCCCCCCGCAGCACAUCACUCAACUCGACCUCUCAUUCAACACAGUGGAGAUGAUUCUGCAGGACGACUUUCUCGCAUAUGCCAGUUUGAGGUCUUUGAUCUUGGGUCACAACAAAAUCAAAACCAUCCAGGGACCAGCUUUUGUCCCCCUGACUCAUUUAGAGACACUGGACCUGUCCAUGAACCAGCUGGCUGCGCUGUCUGCUGACUGGUUUAAGAACCUUUUCUCCCUUCAGCACUUGAAUCUCCUGGGAAACAGAUACAAAUCAUUGGGUGAAGUCGAUCUAUUCCAGCCUCUGAAGAAAUUGAAAACCCUCCAGUUUGGAGGACCUUACCUUCAAUCUGUCAGAGAAACAGACUUCUCGGGGCUUACUGGUCUUCAGGAGCUGGUUUUUGACGGGAAAAACCUACUGAACUACACCGAAGGAAGUUUGAGACGAAUUGGGCCCAUUAGCCGUGUGACCCUUGGUCUACAUGGUUCCUUUAACAGGAAUCGACCGCUCGUAGAAGCGGUUCUCUCAGAUGUUGCACACCCAACCACAACGCUGACUUUCACUGAAACAGUCUUCUUCUCCAAAUAUAACAUGUACCCACUUCAAGUGGCCUUCAAUUGCGGUAUUACAGGUAUUAUUUUUAGAAACGUCAUCAUGACGACUUCAGCAUGGAUGGGUCUUUUAAACAUUCUGCCAGACUCGAACAUAUCUACGUUGGCACUUGAAGAUGCAAAAAUCCACUUAUUACCUCUGGGUGACAUUUGGACGAAGAAAAACUCUUCCCAGGUGGAAGUUGCUGUCUUUAAAAACGUGGACAUCCCCCAAUUCCUCAAUUUUCCACCUGUCUUUUUCCUAAAGCCGCUGCUGAGGGGGCUGCGACGGGUGUCUCUGCAAAACAGCAAGGUGUUCGCCCUCCCCUGUGAAUCCGCUGCCGACUUCUCCGAGCUGGAGUACAUGGACGUCAGUGACAACUUCUUCAGUGAUCUCACGCUGAGCAACAUGAUGUGCGACGGGCGGGGGGGCCUGUGGAGUCUGCGAACCCUCAACGUCAGCAGAAAUCACCUGCGAUCACUCAACAGCCACCUCUUCACCAAACUGGAAAACCUUACCAGCAUCGACAUGAGCGGAAAUAUGCUUCACGUUAUGCCUGAGACGUGUAACUGGCCUCCCAGUCUGACGUUUCUAAACCUUUCAUCGACACAUUUAACGAAGGUGACCUCUUGUCUGCCGCCCAGUUUGCACAUCCUGGAUUUAUCCAACAACGAGUUGACCGUGUUCAACGUGGGACUGCCUCUCCUCACAGAGUUGUUCAUCACCGGCAACAAGAUCAGUAUUAUGCCUGUCGGCCGUUUAUACCCUCGUCUUGUAGCAAUCUUCAUUCACAACAACAACAUACAGACUUUCAGCAGAAAUGAUCUAGGUGCUUUUGAUAGUUUGAAGAGUCUGGAGGCGGCAGGUAACACGUACGUCUGCUCGUGUGACUUUGUGGAGUUGGUGACGAGCGGCUUGACGGAACAUCGAGUGAGAAUCGAAGACGGGUUGAAGUCGUACAUCUGCAACUCCCCCGACGCCUUCAGAGGAACGAGUGUGGCGGACGUGAGGUUGUCGGCGUUCGAGUGCCACGCAGCUUUAUCCUUUUCUCUGCUCUGCUUGGGCCUCCUGGUGGUGUGUCUGCUCAUUGCAGGUUUGUGUCACAAGUUCAACGUCGCCUGGUACAUGGAGAUGACCUGGGCCUGGCUGAGGGCCAAGAGGAAGCCGAAGUUGAAAAAGGGAGCUCUUGAGUACGAUGCCUUCGUGUCCUACAGCGAGAUGGACUCCGGUUGGGUGGAUGCGCAUCUGGUCCCGGAGUUGGAGCAGUCCGAGCCCCCGCUCCGACUCUGCCUCCACAAGAGGGACUUUAAUCCCGGUGGAUGGAUCCUGGACAACAUCAUGGACGCCGUCGAGAAGAGUCGCAAAACACUCUUCGUCCUUUCUCAGCAUUUUGUCCAGAGUGAGUGGUGCAAGUACGAGCUGGACUACACCCAUUUCAGGUUGUUCGACCAGAACGACGACACGGUUGUGCUGAUUCUGUUGGAGCCCAUCGACAAAGAGACCAUCCCCAAGAAGUUCUGCAGGCUGCGGAGGGUCAUGAACUCCAGGACGUACCUGGAGUGGCCCGAUGAUGACAACCAGGUGGACAGGUUCUGGCAAAGUUUGAGAGUCGCUAUUAAAGAACACUGAUCGAUGAUGUGGCUCGAAGUUUGGGUUUUGGGUUACAGGCUAAAGUUGGGUAUGAACUGAUUGUGGUUAAGAUGAGGAAUAUACUGUUAUCCAAAAUGAAUAGAAGUCCUUACAAAGUCCUAAUGACGAUAGCUUUGCUUUGUGUGUGUGUGUGAGUUCAUGUGCUUGUGUGCCUAAAAACGUGUGUAAUUUAUUGUCAUGAUCUUAAGAGCUGACAUAUUGCUGCUAUUGAUCUUUAGCCCUAAAGUCAACACAGAAGCCUGGAUACUGAUGACAGGGAGGCCAGGGGAGCCAGGGUGUCCUGAUAACACACACACACACACACACAUAUACACACACACACACACACACACACACACACACACACGCACACAAACAACACAUUAAUGCUCUACGUGCACAUAUGUACAGAGUUACAGAUGUCCGUAAAGGUCAGUAAAAUCUAGGGAGUGAUGGAGUUACUCAGUGAGACUUCAUCAACUCAUUACAUCCAUGCAGAGGCUCUGAUGCAUGACUCGUGCAUUUUAAGUUUAAGAAAGAUGUCGAUGUUUCAUACCCUCAACUUCAUCGACUUUUCCUUAAAAGCAAAAAAUUGGACACGUUAAAGAAGAGGACAUUUUAUCAUCAAUUGAAGAUUCAUUAGAAUAAUGUAAUGUUUAUGACUAGAAGGUUUUUAUUUCAUAUUUGUUCAGAUUUAUACCUGUAACUUACAACCAUACAUAUUUAAAUCUUGGUUAAAAUACUCUUCAUCUAGAAAUCAAUUGGAAUUUAUUGUAGCUUUUCAGGGAAUGUUCUGAAGUAAAAGUUCAUGUUCUUUAUAGGAUAAGAUGUCCAAAAAGGUUUAUCCAUAUUAAUGUGGUUUGUGGUAAAUUGUGAGCAAGAUGGAAAGUUAAAGUGUUGCUGGAUACAUUCUUUUUCCAAAUAAGAUCAUAUGUUUAAGACAGAAUUAACACAAACACUCAUCUCAUUUUCAGUUAAAGUAAGAUCAAAUGGGCGGGGGCAGUGAGCGGCACAGAGCAAAGGAAGUUGGUCAUUCUGAGAAACGACAGAAUGAACUAACAUGUUGUUUGUUUUGGUCUUUUUGUUGACAGUCACAAAAACAUAAAUCAUCUCCAACCGUGUCUUUUAAAUCGUUUAACACAUGUUUUCUUGGUUUAUUGUCAUGUUGAGUUCUAACCUGUUCCUCGGGGACAGUCUGUUGCUUUGUGGAUCUUUUCUCUGAUCUGAUUUCACCUCAGAGUUUAAUUCUCUGAUUAAAUCAUCAUCUGCAUUAACCACGUCACUUGGCAGCUAUUACCAUCCCUGCCUGUUUUAAUCUGUAUUUGAUUUUACGUUUUACGUUUUUUUUUUUAUAUAUCUGCUGCACCGUGAUUGUAGAGGCUGUGAUAGUCUAAUGCACAACUUUGUAUAGCUUCAGAUAUUCAUCUUUAAAUCUGUAUGAAUAUUAGGCUUCAAAACUCAUCAAAUCAUCUUAUACUUAAAAUGCUGUAUUGUCAAUAUCUCCAUUAGCACAAACUUCUUUACAGUGACACCAUCGUAGCAGAUCUGGUGGUUUGAUUUUCACUUAUUCUCGACACAGUUUAUUAUUCUCAUGCUAUUUUGGUUGAUUGUUCUAUGUGAUACCUGAUGAUCAAUAAAGUAUCUCUCCAUCUGUU